AAGAAAAGAAGAAGAUCGAGGAUGAGGGCGGCAGACUCGAAUUUGUGAUGGGGACGAAGGAGAUGGGGGAUGGCGGCGAUAGGGAUGGUGACGAUGAAGACGGGGGACGACGAUGAAGACGGAGAUGGGGGCGGCGAUGAAGACAUAUUCCAGAAACAAGGGCACGUUUUCCAUUUGGCGAGGAAUUCUGUUUUCAAAUCCAUCACCCUCCUUCUCCUCAGAAUCACAGAGGGGUUCUGCACCGAAGCUGAAGCUGCCAUUGGUGGGAGACGACGGGAGGGUUUAUGCCUGCUCGGGGAGAAACUUCUUUGCCUUCGAGAGUAACGGCUCCAUCGCUUGGAACCUGCCUCUUAAUCACACCUGCAGCCCUAAGAUUGCUCCUGUUAAUGGCGGUUCUACUAAGAUAUAUGUAGUGGCAGAAGAUAGAGUUUUGAAGAUCAACCCCUUGAAAGCCGGAGGAUCAUCUGAAUCCGCCGUACAACUGUUUUUCGGGGCGAAACCAAUCGGGGGCAGCGGCGGUGCAGAGAGCAAGAGCUGGGGAGAGAUUGUGGGGAUUGGCGUGAGCGUGUUCAGUUCUCGGGUCCUCAUCACCGUGAGGAGAAGAGGACUCUUUGCUUUUAGGCUUCAGGGGAAGCUGGCCUGGAGCGCCGGCCCAGUCAAGAACCAGCACGGGUUCCGCCAUGGCUGCCGCAAAACCCUAACGGACUGUCAUUUCACUUCUGCUCCGGUGAUUGAUCACUGUGAAGCUCGUGCUUAUGUUUUGAACAAUGGGGGAGAACUGUAUGCUGUGUCUACUAGCAACCCUCAUUUCCUAUGGAUAACGGAUUUGAGCUCUUAUGGAAACAUCUCUACAAUUACUGCUGGGAAUAACGGUCUGGUGUACGUCACUGUCCCAGCUGCAGCAGCACUCAUCCUCGCGAUAGAUGCCUCGAAGGGUAAUGUUUUGUGGCAGGGAAGUAUUGGACCACUGAGUUCUGCAGAUUACACCCCCGUCGUUGACUCUAGUGGUUGGGUUUCGGUCGGUUCGUUGGAUGGCUUCGUGUAUUCGUUUUCACAGACCGGAGUUGUCAAGAAGUUCCCUAGAGUGGCUGACCAAGAAUCUGUCAUCCAAGUUCGCCCUAUUCUGGACUGCUCAGGUUUUGCAAUCUAUGUCUCUCAGACAGAAAUGGAUGGAAAGGUUAGCCAGAGGAUUGGGGAUUAUACGUUCAUCUCAGCUAUGAAACCUAGGUCUGUUACCUUCACAAUGCUCGUCCCCGCCACCGGAUCUUUGCUAUUAUCUGAGAAAUACCCUGGUCCAUUCUCAUCGAAGCUACUCAACAGUGAUCUGAAGCAUUUUGAUUGCGACGAAAAGGUUGUUCUUGCUUUUUUUGCAGCAUCAAGGAUUAAUGACCCUUUCCAAUGCAUUAGCAAACGUCAGAAAUAUGCAUACAGUUGCUCACAGAUCAGACCAAUGACUUACAGCAGCAUUUACACGGACAAUGAGAGGGGAAUCAUCUUAUUUUUGUUAUUCGAGUCGACUUUGUUACUAGUUUUAGCCGCACUCGUAAGGUUUUGUUGCCUGUUUUGGAAGAAGAAGAAGCUCCGAAGUCGCCAACUCGGAGAAUUCCUUGAAAAGAGACGUGCUCUCCAACUCCAGAAGAAAGCCUUUGACAGGACAAUUUCAGAACUUGAGCAAAAAGUUACAGAGGAAGCGGUAGGGAAUGAAGUGAUAGAAGAGUUGGGAGAUUUGGUGAGGGAAAGGGAAUGGAUUGAGAGAAAGCUCUCAACAACAUAUAGUUUUGGAAGAGAUGAAACCACAUACAUGAGAGGUUCAAAACCAGUGCUGCUUCCUCUGUCUGAUCGAACAACACGGAGCUACUCUUUUCAAGACAGGAACAAGGAGAGCAUCACUCUCUUUCACACUGUCACAGAUGUUUCCUCCGAAGAUAGCCAGUCGGACAUUGCUGAAGCUUGGAUUAGCAGUGCUGAUGAUGAUGUUCGCGAAGGAGAUGACGAGCAACGCCGCAACUGCAUCUAUAUCUGGGUGGUUGGGAUCUCGGAACAAGAUCUCUCCCCCUCUUCUUCAACUAUUCCGCCUGCUCCGCUCCACAUCCCGCCAUUCUUCCAGAUUCUGUUUUCAAAUCCAUCACCCUCCUUCUCCUCAGAAUCACAGAGGGGUUCUGCACCGAAGCUGAAGCUGCCAUUGGUGGGAGACGAUGGGAGGGUUUACGCGUGCUCUGGAAGACACUUCUUUGCCUUCGAGAGUAACGGCUCCGUCGCUUGGAACUUGCCUCUUAAUCACACCUGCAGCCCUAAGAUUGCUCCUGUCAAUGGCGGUUCCACAAAGGCAAGCCAAUUAAAUCUCCAUCCCUCUCUCAUUAAUUCUCCUCCCUAUACAUUGCCAAUUUUGAUAUAUGUAGUGGCAGAAGAUAGAGUUUUGAAGAUCAACCCCUUGAAAGCCGGAGGAUCAUCAGAAUCCGCCGUACAACUGUUUUUUGGGGCGAAACCGAUCGGGGGCAGUGCAGAGAGCAAGAGCUGGGGAGAGAUUGUGGGGAUUGGCGUGAGCGUGUUCAGCUCUCGGGUCCUCAUCACCGUGAAGAGAAGAGGACUCUUUGCUUAUAGGCUUCAGGGGAAGCUGGCCUGGAGCGCCGGCCCCGUCAAGAACCAGCACGGGUUCCGCCAAGGCUGCCGCAAAACCCUGACGGACUGUCAUUUCACUUCUGCUCCGGUGAUUGACCACUGCGAAGCUCGUGCUUAUGUUUUGAACAAUGGGGGAGAACUGUAUGCUGUGUCUACUAGCAACCCUCAUUUCCUAUGGAUAACGGAUUUGAGCUCUUAUGGAAACAUCUCUACAAUUACUGCUGGGAAUAACGGUCUGGUGUACGUCACUGUCCCAGCUGCAGCAGCACUCAUCCUCGCGAUAGAUGCCUCGAAGGGUAAUGUUUUGUGGCAGGGAAGUAUUGGACCACUGAGUUCUGCAGAUUACACCCCCGUCGUUGACUCUAGUGGUUGGGUUUCGGUCGGUUCGUUGGAUGGCUUCGUGUAUUCGUUUUCACAGACCGGAGUUGUCAAGAAGUUCCCUAGAGUGGCUGACCAAGAAUCUGUCAUCCAAGUUCGCCCUAUUCUGGACUGCUCAGGUUUUGCAAUCUAUGUCUCUCAGACAGAAAUGGAUGGAAAGGUUAGCCAGAGGAUUGGGGAUUAUACGUUCAUCUCAGCUAUGAAACCUAGGUCUGUUACCUUCACAAUGCUCGUCCCCGCCACCGGAUCUUUGCUAUUAUCUGAGAAAUACCCUGGUCCAUUCUCAUCGAAGCUACUCAACAGUGAUCUGAAGCAUUUUGAUUGCGAUGAAAAGGUUGUUCUUGCUUUUUUUGCAGCAUCAAGGAUUAAUGACCCUUUCCAAUGCAUUAGCAAACGUCAGAAAUAUGCAUAGAGUUGCUCACAGAUCAGACCAAUGACUUACAACAGCAUUUACACGGACAAUGAGAGGGGAAUCAUCUUAUUUCUGUUAUUCGAGUCGACUUUGUUACUAGUUUUAGCUGCACUCGUAAGGUUUUGUUGCCUGUUUUGGAAGAAGAAGAAGCUGCGAAGUCGCCAACUCGGAGAAUUCCUUGAAAAGAGACGUGCUCUCCAACUACAGAAGAAAGCCUUUGACAGGACAAUAUCAGAACUUGAGCAAAGAGUUACAGAGGAAGCGGUAGGGAAUGAAGUGAUAGAAGAGUUGGGAGAUUUGGUGAGGGAAAGGGAAGGCAUUGAGAGAAAGCUCUCAACAACAUAUAGCUUUGGAAGAUGAAACCACAUACAUGAGAGGUAAAAAACAAAAAAGCUCUUAUUAGAGAUUUUCUUUCUUCUGGUACCAACAACUUAGACGCUUAGUUUUAACAUUUUGAAAAGAUUAUUUUACGAAAGCAUUUAGUUUUCAGCCUUUUUGGUUAACAACUUUUUUCGAACAACUUCAAACAAAAGGCUAAACUCCACCAUUGGUCCUUCGACUUUAUUAAUUGUGCACGAUUGGUCGUUCAAGUUUUAAAAGUCCAUAAAUAGUCCUUCAACUUUAUGAGUUAUGCACGAUUGAUCCUUCAAGUUUUAAAAGUGCAUAAAUAGUUCUUCAAGUACACGUCAGCCCUCCAGAUGAGGUCCUUUUGACAGUAAAUGUUAAAAGCUAAAUGAAAUACUAGCUCAAUA